ACAUGCGCUACUGCCCCGUCCGGCUUCUCUCCUCGCGAAGAAGCAGCAGCUUUUGCUAUCCUCUCCUUCCACCCGCUUUGGCCCCGCUCCAGCAGCAGCCUCGCUCCCCGGCCGGAACCUGGUUCUACCUCCUUCGCCUCCUUUUCUUCGCCCCCCCCCGCCGCCACAUCAUCCCCGUCUGAGCAUCAGGAGUGGGGUCGGGGGGGGGUGGCGGCGGCAGCAGCUCCUGUUCCCCUUCCCCACUCGCGCCCCGAGCCCUUUUGAAACGCGCUCAUCCCCCGCUUCCAGGCACAUGCACGGGUGUUUCCACACCCACGCGGGUCCCUUUAUGUUUCUUACAUCUUCCCCACGUUUUCUCUUUUCUGCCCGCCCCCGCUGGAAAACCUCUGCUGCUCCUCUUUUUCUCUUCCUUUUUUCUAGUGGGGGAGGGGGGAGCAAGAGAAACAUCAUAUACAUACACACACACACACACAUCUAUAGAUAUAGAUAUACAUAUAUCCCCUUUCAUCCAUAGAUCUCAGGGCAGCUCGCAACACAAUGUUUCUCUUGCUCUCCCCCUCCCCCACUAGGAAAAAAAAUGCCCCGAUUGAAACCUGGUGCUCCUAGUCCCAUCAAGCCCCACUUCCCCGCACCCCGCAAGCGUAGCGUGUUCCUUUCCUCCGACACGUGCACACGUACAUAUGUACCUUUCUCGCAAGCAACCGUGGCAUGUCUUCUUCACCCGCCCAUCAGUAAUAGGUAGGUGGUGCUAGAACACUUGCUGUAUGGAAUCUUGCUCUGUAAUAUGGGGGAAGAGGAAGGACUGCAUCAGACACAAUUACUGGACACAAUGUUUGUACGUGGACUGAAGAGGAAAUGUAUUGAUGGAGAGGAAGAUAUUGAAGGAACUUUAGCUGGUUUUAAAGCCAUUCCUUCAUAUAACCUGCAGCGCCAGUCACUACUAGACAUGUCUUUGGUUAAACUUCAGCUCUGCCACAUGCUUGUUGAACCUAAUCUGUAUCGUUCAGUACUUAUAGCCAAUACAGUACGGCAGAUUCAAGAGGAAAUGACCCAAGACGGAACUUGGCAGAUGAUAAAUGCACAGAGUACAGGACCAACCUCUCUUGAUCGGCUGGUUUCAACAGAUAUUCUCUGUCGGUCUUCGAAGGAGCAAGCUGAAGAAAAGCUUGUUCAAGGUUAUAGUGGCUUCUCAAAAGACUUUGAAGACGCACAGUCAGAAGAGAGUUCAGAAAUCUUAAGACCUGCUCCACUACAAGCUCCCAGAAACCUGCAGAGUAAUGUGUGGGACAUGGAGAGCCCUCCAGAAAAUAGAGGAAACUUCCACAAGUCAUUGGAUCAAAUAUUUGAAACCUUAGAAACAAAAACUCCUGACUCGGUUGAAGAUCUCUUUUCAGAAGUCGACAGUUCCUAUUACAAUCUAGACACAGUACUAACGGGAAUGAUGGGCAGUACAAAAAUGGGACACUGUGAUGUACUUGAAACUUUUCCUCAAGCAGCCACAAAUUCUAACUCUAACUGUAAAUCUGACCUUAAUGAGCUUGAUCAUUUUGUGGAGAUUCUUGUUGAAUCUUGAGACAAAGAGUGAAGGAGACAUCCUUUAAAGAAGCCAGAUCCCGAGUAGUGAAACUUCCAAAUAGUUUAUCUUCUCAAAGCUGCACAUGAUCUUCCAAAAAAAGAAAAAGAAAAAAGAAAAGCACUUCAUUUUGCAAAGUUGUUUAAAGGUAUAAAGUUAACCUGCAACUUGUAGUGUUUGAACUUUACAUAUUUUCAGCAGUCACAAUUCAGGGAGGUAUUCUAGGCACAUCAACCAGUUGCCAGCCUACUGAUUUUGAAACCUUGUGACACCCCUAUGCCAUGCCACAAACUACAUUAGGAACUUCCUGGGGUUUCAGUCGUGGCUUCUCAUGUCAAAAGGCCCCUGGGUGCACAAGGGUAGUCAUACCAUUUCUCUGUCCUGAACCCAUAAAUUCCCCAGGCUGCCUCCUUGGGGCCCAACACUUCCAACACCAGAUCAUUUUCCUAAUUCCUUCUAGUAUUUAGAAGGAGCGCAAAAUGGUAUAGCAAGAUUCCUCCUCCCUCGACCAUCUCAUCCUCCCCUGUAAGGUGCAAGUGCAAGAUAGAUUCCAGCCCUCAGCAUGCAAAAGGUGGGCUGUAAGGCCUCUGCUUAAGUUGAAGCCCAUAUUUUAUCUAGGCUGGGAACCUUCCACCAAUCCUUUGCAUUUGCUGGUUUAAUCAUAUGACUUUAGUGGGACUACUUUUGAAGUAAUUGGCCUGAGGACCAAAGGUUUGGUUUACCCUUCCCACUCCUUUAUCCCAAGUAAAUACUUCACAGACUUCUCUACAUUUAUUUGCCGUAUAAGCUCAUGGAAGAGCCAAAAAAGCAGCGGUGCCCAUUAUCCUAGCUAGCUUUCUCUGUCAUUCUUUCUUUUCUGUUUUUAAAUAGUUAAUAGUUUUGAAAAAAAUGUUUAUCAGUAUUCAGAACC